CGUAUCUGGUAUACAUUUGAAGAAUAUUGAUUGCCACAAGCUGUCAACACAACAGCUGGCAUUUGUGUUUGUGACACAUUGCAGUGGUAUACAAUACAUAUACAAGAAUAACGCUAUAAUGAAAGGAUUUGGUGUCCACAAAGAACCGGAUUUGACGUUUGGAUUACAUUAUACGCAUGUUAUUUAACAGGGAUCUGAUAAUAAUAGUACUCAGGGUAAAUAAAGGCGAAAUGAGCGACGGAAAGCGAAGUCCCGUCGUGUACAUCCAGCGAACUGAAACAUUCUCAGCCUGUCACCGGCUUCAUUCAUCGGCCCUUGAUGCCGACGAAAAUCGUCGAAUAUUCGGCAAGUGCAAUAACCCCAACGGCCACGGGCACAAUUACCGCCUGGAGGUGACGCUACGCGGGCCCGUGGACGCCAGCACGGGCAUGGUGAUGAACCUCGUAGACCUUAAAAACCAUAUGGAGGGCGCUGUAUUAUCAGUUCUGGACCACAAGAACAUUGACAAGGACGUGCCGUAUUUCAAAGAUACCGUAAGCACCGCGGAAAACAUCGCUAUAUUUAUAUGGGACCGUCUCGAGGAGUUGAUACCGGAUGGUCUGUUGUACGAAGUGAAACUGCAUGAAACUGAUAAAAAUGUGGCGAUUUACAGAGGCGAGAAGGAAUGACUCACCCUUGGGAACUAAAAAUGUGCAUGUUAAAUCAAAUCGUUUACAUUUUAUUAAGUAUUCAAUUUUGAAGGGAAUCGACAAUUUGACAAUAAAACAUGAGGGCCGUUUAAACAUCUAGUCAGUAUAGAUGUAAACAAAGAUAUUGAGCAACUAAUCAACGCCAACGCACAAAUAAGUUAGCGAGAUAUAGAUUGUCAACUAUUUUGCAUGAAUUGCAUUUCUUUUUACACUUAGUCGAUAGUAUUAUAUGGCGAAAAGUGUGCGUUUGUAUUGUUAUCAAUGUUAAAUGAUGGUCACUCAUAAUCAAAAUUGUAUUAUUUGAGUGUGUCUGCGUUAUUCAUUUAAUUGUGCUCUUUGAUGUGCAUCUUUAUUUCAUUUCUUGAAAUUAAUUUGUUAUAAAGAUAUUUGUAUAGAACGUUUACCCUUUUCUGUAGAAAUGAAAUUAUUCAUUAAGUAAGGCUAUUGAAAUUAUUAUAUUAACUGAUAAGUUUUGUGUUUUAUCUCAUUGUCAUUUAUUAAAUGAGAUUCUGACUCAAGCUCAAUGUUUGUUCUUGGUUAAUAACUUCUUUUCAUAUGAGUGCAUUUUCUUUUUGUCGAAGUAGAGAUCAAAUUUCAUAAUGUCUAGGAGGUAUUGACGUGUUACUCUUUACGUUUGUGUCGCAUAUUUUUGCACUAAUUUUGUAAAAAGUGUAAUAAUUUUGUAAAAUUGUGCAUUUGCGCAACUCGGAAUAUUAAGUUUUACUAAAGGCUUUUUAAAAGAAAUGAUGCAUGUUCAAUUUAAAUUUAGCAUACUUUAUCACACGGAUGAUCCCAUUCUAUUAUCAUUAGGUUUGAGUAGUAUAACAUAUAAACAUAUAAAUCCACUAACCAUAUGUGGUGCUCUUAUUUUUAGUCGACCUUAAGAAUUUCUUGAUUGUAUUCAUAUUAACUUUGUUUUAUCACACAACGAAAUAAAAGUAUAAAACAAGAA